AUGGCAAGGCGCUUCUCCUAUGCAGAAAAAGGCAAAGGGAUUGAGCUUGCACGAAGCCCACCGAUUCGAAAACGCAUUCAAGCCCCACCAGUAGAUACUGCCGACCUGAUACGAGAAAACUCUCUCAUCCUCAUAGGCCGCCUAACAAACCCAAAGGAGCAAAAUCUAUGGUCUAUGAUCCCAUUCAUAUCAAAGAAAUGGGAACUAAGAGGUAGAGCUAUGGGAUCUGACCUCGGCAACAACUGCUUCCAGUUCAAAUUCGACCUCGAGGAGGACAUGAGGAAAGUUCUCACCAACAGACCCUACCGGUAUGCGAGAUGGAUGCUUAUCAUUCAACGAUGGGAACCGAUUAUCUCCCCUACCUCCCUCUCAGAUCCCCUUUUGGAUCAAGCUCAACGGCUUACCCCUCCACUACUGGAAGAAAGAACUACUCUGCACCAUCGGGAAAAAACUGGGUGA